CAAUGUUGAGGAGAGAAGUAAACAAUGGCUUAGUGUGAUGGCGGCCGGGCUGAGUAGUGGACUGCCCCUCACACCUCACCCCUCACACCUCGCCCCUCACCCCUCACACCCUCACUCACCCAUCGCCAUGGCUACUAACAAACCAAGCCUGAAACAACGCUUCCAGAGGUAUUGUCCAAAUUGUAGUGAUCUCGUAAAUGUUCGUAGACAUGUUUGUAACUGUGGCUACAGCUUUUUUGAGGCUAGACUUAAAGCGGAGCAAGAAAAGGAGGCUCGUCAAGAGGAGAUGGGGAAAAGAGCUGCUAAUUAUAAAAUUCUGAGCAGAUCACUAACGGCUAUUAAGAAACAUAGCUCCAAAUUGAGAGGCGGCGGCUACCAUAUUGCUACGGUAUAUUAUAAAGCCUGCGGUCAAAGAACAAUUAAAAGUAUCUUGCCAGGGAGUGGCCUGUCAAAAGAGACGGAAAAAAAUUUAAUCGAUUGGUUUUACCUUGCACAUACUCAGGAGAAGCAAGCAAAUGAUAACAGUUCUAAACGGAAUGCAGCGUGUAUUCUGGACGGAGAUGAGAGGGAGGAAGGCACUCAAGACAGUCUCAUGUUUAACAUUUCUCAACCACAAGAAGAUUCGAGCAUAAAUAAAAACAAGAGGAAGACAAAUGGAAGUAAAGGUGAACAAAGGAUGAAUAGCAAUAGUUGUGAUAAUGUAUGUGCUGGUGGUGAGGAUGAGACAUCAAUGAAUUAUCAACAAGAUGAAAACUGCCUUCCUGAUCGAGACCCGUUACACUUCCUGGAAAUUGUUGACACAAGCAGUUGCAGUUUGGAUCAAGCACACAGUAUUCAACAGGAAGAUAUUGCACCGAUAUAUCAGCCGACAAAAAGGAAGAGACGAGAAAAAAAUAAUCACGAAGAAACUAAUGAUCCUGAUAAUCGUUCUGGUUUGCCCGAUGACUUCUAUAAAAGUCUACAAGAGUUACAAUACAAACAGAAAAUGAAACAGUUUGAAGAGGAGAUAGCAAAGCUGCAGGCCUCGUACGACGCCUGCAACAAAGGGAAAAAGCCGCGAACGGCGGUGUUGCAAUACAGUGGCAGUUCAAGUGGUCGGAAAAGCAGAGCUAAAGGCACACCCUCAAAUCCUUUAUCUGUCAGUUCUUUAAUUGUGGAGUCUCCCAUGCCUGCUGCAGAGGUGUUUCCCAAAAAUUAUAAUGCAUGUACUGGUAUUCAGGAUGAGACUGCAAAGAGUUGACAACAAAAUUAAAAAUGCCUUCUCAAUCUGUGAGAUGAUAAACACAUGAAUGGACUGGAACCAGAUGGUAGACAUGGUUGAAAGAAGUCUGGGAGCUGUUCAUCAAGAUUGUCAAGGCGUAUAGAACACCUAGUCAGGAAGGAAGAUAAUGACAAGUUUUGCCAAAGGACUGGAUUUGACCUAGAAGAAAAUAUCAUAAUUUUUAAUUGUAAACGUUUCUAAAGCAUGGUCAAUAAUACUGCAGGCAUUGUAAUAUUUUGUGUUAGCAUGUGCCUGCCAGCAGCAUACAGCAGCUCAGAUGUGAAGUGUUACCAUCAAUUGAUGGCUUUUAAGUUCAAAUAAACUAUGGCAAAAAUUUAUUGUUUAGGUACAAAUAUAAAGAGAAUUCAGUAAAUUGAGAACAUUAAGGA